AUGUCAAAACAGGGAUCAACGUAAUUUCCACAUAGACUAAUAAUCAAAUCACAUACUUGGUUACGUGAUUCUUACUCCUUAUUUAAUUACGAAGACAACGCCAUUACCAAAGACACACUCAAAACAAGCCACGACUGCUAUAUUUUUCGGUCAGGGGAAGAUGUCCUAAUUUCAGACGGCACUUCAGACCUUGGGCCAAAUUCAAAAUAUCUUGCGAAAAUCCAAAAAAUCGAUGGUAAGUAUCAUUUAGGUCUUUUUAUAAUUACAGUAUCAGAUUCAAUUGGUGGAGAAUCUCUAAGUCCUAAUGGAUACGAAAAAAUUUGGCUUGUCAUAAAAAGUCUACAACCGAUCAACAAAAUCAAAGGCUACAGGCUUUGUGAAGGAGACAUCAUUAGGCUUGGAAGGGUAAAAUACCGUGUAAAAGAGCUCACAGGAGGGACAGGUAAUGAAAAAUUAUCUCAAUUUAGCCUAAAUGACGUCCUUGCAGGGCUAAAUAACGAAGAUUCCAGCGAAGAAGCCCAAGGGAUUACUUAUAAACUCCCGUGCAGGGUUUGUUUAAGCGAAGUUAUACACAUUAGCAUUAACAUUAGAUUAAUAGCGCUUAACGUCCCUUACAGAGUUGACCGUUACCAGAUCUAUCGCUUACCUUUCGCCGCAUGAUGCUCACAGACCGCUGGGCCGACCUGCUUUGCUGCUCCAGGGUGCGUUUAGGGUAAGCCUUGCCGGCUUCGACGGCUCAUGGAUGAGCUAGUUGCUAGUGAGCAUGGGCUGCCUUUCCGAAAAUCCAUAAAAAAUGGAUUUUCUGGGCUGCUGUCGGCAAAAAGCAAAAACACGUAGCCUGGGACGUAACGCCCAGUUUCGCGCUAGGGAGUGCCCGAUUGGUCUUAAGAACUUUGCUGAUCUCCCCUUUCCAACUUCCGUGCCCUCCUUCCAAACGAGAUAAAAACCACCUCAGAAAGUAGACUUGGGCUAGGCUCUGUACACAACCAGAAUUGCUUACCUAGCAUUGCUGUCCAUCUCUGAAAUGGCAAAACCUUGAGGAUAUAAUUAAAAUAUGAGUCGAGGCUGCAUGGCUGGGACGCCAUGCCUAGACGAAGACGCCAUUUUUAAUUAUGCGAAGUUUAUACACAGUCUAACCCUUUGAUAUCUCCUUGUAACUGUGAUGGGACUAUGAAAUAUAUCCACGUUAAGUGCUUACAGCAUUGCUUAAGGUCUAAAUUAGUGACCAAGUCAAAUGACCGUAUCAUUUCAUUAUCAUGAAAAAAAUUAUGCUGCGAACUGUGUAUGAAACCUUAUCCUUAUAAAUUAGCUGUGGGGCAGCAGCUUGUGGAAUUAAUUGAUAUUCCAAAGCCGCCAAAUCAGUAUAUUAUAUUGGAAUCUUUAAGAAAAGACCAGAAUUCGGGGAAAGGGCUUCAUGUUAUAAGUUUAUAUACCAUUUUGAGCAACUUUUAGCAUUGGUUUUAUAUAGAAAAUAAUAGUUAUUAUAAAAAGAAGGCUAGAAAAUAAAGAAUACAACAAUAAUUCAAUUAAAAUAGGCAGAUCUCAUGAAUCAGAUCUCAGGAUAACUGACAUUUCAGCAUCAAGGCUCCACGCAACUAUAAAGUACCAAAACGGAGGAUUUUAUCUAGAAGACCAAAACAGCAAGUUUGGGACCUUAGUUCAAAUUAAAAGGCCAGUUUUAUUAGAGCCUAACAACUUAUUGUCUGUUCAAUGCGGCAGGACGAUGCUCACCUUUACCACAAAAAGGCCAUGAAAUUUAAUUCCUUCAUGUUUCUGCUCAAGUGAAGAUUCUUCAUAUGAUGUAUUCAAAUACCCAAUGACCCCUGGCAGAUUACCUAUAUUACCUAUAAAUACAGGGAUUCCAGUAAGCAUAAAUGACGCGCAGCAUUUAUUAGCGAUUUCAGGAAUGGGACCAAUAAGGAUUGAAAAAUAUAAGGAACACAAUAAUUUAUUAUACCAGCAUUAUCAAUUAGGACUGAAUAGCUCAUGUGAAGAUGAAGGUAAUGAAGAAUCAAUUGAAGAGGUAAAGAUCGCAGAACUGCCUGAUGAUUUAUUAGAUGAGCCAAUGGAUCAGUCGUCAUAUGCAGAAGACAAAAUGAAUAAAUCGUUUUCAUAG